AUAUAUUUACAAAAACCUUAAUUUGUGUUGGGUUUCCUUAAUAUAUUUUUUUUCUAUUUAUCCUGUUUGUCCUUGUAAACAGGAUAAAUAAUAUCUCGUAGAGCACUCAUUAAGUGUUCUUGACACCACGAAUACUAAAAUUGUAAAUUUUAAUAAAAUAAUCUACAGAGAAAAUAAAUCUCUUGUCUGUGGAAAAACCUGAAAAAUAAACACAAAAACGGGUUUGUUUAAUCAGAAUCUCUUCCUUUUCUCUCUUACAUACAAGAAGAAAGGAUCGACGAACCUUUGAAGAACUUUUGAAAUCCUUACUUAUUUAUUCUUUUCUUUCAGCUGGUUUUUAAGAUACUUAAAAUGGGUAAUUGUAUGAACAAGAAGAACAUUUUUAAUCCUGGAGCAGUUUUGGAUAGAGUUAUUGCCAGUGCUAGCCCUGAAGAUGAUUGUUUACUGUAUAAGCUUGCUAACUUCAAGAAAAGUGGUCAGCUGGUCGAAGCUUUUAAUACAGGAGGUUCAAAAGAGGUUGAAAGGAUUAUUCGCGAGAAACUAUAUCCACUGAUGUACAAUCAGGGGAAGGGAGAACUAAUAACCAGGACGGAAUAUCUAAGAUGGAAGUACAGGAACAAUGAAAAGAAUAAGAUAAAUAUUGAGGAGAAAAUGAAAACUUUAUAUGAUCCUCUAAACUCUUGGGAGGAUCAUCAAGCCUGCUGGAGGAUGCAGUACAGGGGAUCUUUAGGUGAAUCACUACUGCAUGUACUUAUCAUCUGUGACAGUCCUAUUCACACCAGGAUAGCUCGGCUGCUGCUAAAAGUGUUUCCGAAGUGUGCCUUAGAUAGAGUAGAGGGAGAGGAAUAUCUAGGCGCAACCGGUUUGCAUCUAGCUAUUGCAUACGGUAACGAUGAGUUAGCAGAUAUACUGGUUAGCUGUGGGGCAUCAAUCCGAGAGAGAGCCAUAGGAGUCUUUUUCCUGCCCAGAGAUCAACAGAGCAACAGACCAGUAAAAAAUACAACCUAUGAGGGGUUGGCGUAUAUGGGCGAGUAUCCGCUAGCCUGGGCUGCAUGUUUAGGAAAUGAAACCAUUUAUAAUCUGCUCUUAGAUCAGGACGCAAAUCCUGAUGAUCAGGACGCAUACGGGAACACAGUCCUUCACAUGGUCGUGGUCACAGUACAAUUGGGAAUGUAUGGAUACGCUCUACGACACCCCAGGAAAAAUGCGAACCCUAAUAUAAAGAACAACCGAGGUCUCACCUCCCUAACACUGUCGUGUGAACUAGGUCGGGAUAAUAUAUUCAGAGAGAUGUUAGAGUUAUCUUGCAAAGAGUUCUGGAGAUAUUCAAAUAUAACCUGCUGCGGUUAUCCUUUAGGUGCUCUAGAUUCGAUACAGCCUGACGGUGAAACUAACUGGGGAUCAGCACUCAUGAUAAUUCUAAACGGUACCAAGGAAGAACACUUGAAUAUGCUUGAAGGAGGAAUUAUAGCAAAACUUCUCGAGGAGAAAUGGAAAACGUUUGCUCAGGGUAUGUUCCUGAAAAGGACUUUAAUUCUACUCCUGCACCUGAUUACUAUGUCGACUGCAAUCUAUACUAGGCCUGACAUACAUAGCAGUCUUCUAAAUGGGAUCAAACCUAGAACAGGAGAGAUGUCAAGUACAGAUAUAAGCAGAUACUGUUUUGAAGUUGCAACUAUCAUCUCCGUUCUAACCUUUCUAACCUUUCAACUGGGAGGAGAAAUAAAAAAUGCUGGGGUUUCGAGCUUCUGGAGAAAUCUGAAAUCUUCUCCUCCAAAAAUGAUCUUUGUAAUUUCCAAUCUUCUGAUCCUUGGAUGCAUACCUCUCAGGGUUGCUCAGUUGGGAGAAGAAUCUGCAUUUUACAGAACUAAGGAGGAAGCUCUGCUUGUAUUUGCUGUGCCGGGAUCCUGGUUUUAUCUCAUGUUCUUUGCAGGGGCUGUUAAGCUGACAGGACCCUUCGUAACGAUGAUAUUUUCAAUGAUUACUGGCGAUAUGUUCACAUUCUCUAUCAUCUACGUGAUCUUCCUGUUUGGGUUCUCCCAGGCAUUCUACUUCAUGAUGAAAAGUAUGGAUACAGAGGGUUCAGAAUUGUAUGAUAAAUAUACAACCACUUGGAUAGCACUUUUUCAUAUGACACUAGGAGAAUACGAGUAUGAUCUGCUGGGUGAGAGUCCAUACCCAAACAUGGCGAAAAUUGUCUUUGUUCUUUUCCAAAUCUUAAUUCCAAUUCUUCUUCUCAACAUGUUGAUUGCUAUGAUGGGAAACACGUACGCUACAGUCAUUGAAAAAUCAGAAAAGGAAUUUCUAAAGCAGUGGGCGAAAGUAAUCAUGUCUAUGGAGAGAUCUAUUCCACCACAUCAGUGCAGAGAAUAUCUAGAAGCAUAUUCUAUCACGCUUGGUCCUACAGAACGCGGAGUGAUGGUCAUAAAAUCCAAGGAUAAAACUCGAGCUCGUCAAAGAAAGGGCGCUUUAUCUAAUUGGAAGAAGACCGGGAAAACCGUAAUUAAGUAUCUGAAGAAAAGAGGGAUAAGUGGAGAUGAUUUGAGACGAGAGAUGUGGGUUCAUGAUGAAGCAGAGACACCCAAAGCUGCUCGAAAGAAGAAGGGGAGAGGAUAUGACAUAUCAUUUGCUUUAGGAGAAGUAGAACCAAAACUAACCCCUCUUACAGUAAAAGCAGGAGGUUCCGGGAACAUUAUACCACGAGGAGCAUCAAACCAAGAUUUAGAUUUUCUUUGUGAACAAGAAAAUGGGUCUUCUACCACGGGAAACUUUGACUCAGACGGAUUUCUCUCUUCAGCUGAUAACCGUCUUCAGUCUGCAUCAGCAAAUAUUAGACCCACGUCUACAGAUUCAAGGCUACCACCCAUAAAUUUGACAGGAAGAAAACCAGAUGAGGUUGGAGCAAUGAUGUCAGAGAUCUCUGGAUUAAAAACUCCACGGGGCGGGAUUAAGGUUGACCGUGAGCGAAGGCGGAAAGAUUUAUUCAACAAAAAAAGGAGCAGGAAAGAACUGUCGAAAAGACUUCUUUCCAUGGAUUUCUCAUUGUUGGAGCAGGAGCAGAAACAGGAAUCUGACAGCGAGGAAGACGAUAUAUAUACAGGUUCACGGGGAAUAGAAAACCCUGCAUUCUUACCUACUGAGGAUCCGCCUUCAUAUGGAUCUUUCACCGUAGUUUCAGAGAUACCGGAGUAGUUGUCGUGUACCAUUAGAAACCAAAGUAUCCUUAAAGUUUUAGAACUACCAAGUAGUUUUGUGUCACCAAGAUACUAAUGGAAAACUGAGUAGUUUAAGUAUCAAUGGACUCCAAGUUAACACCUAUUCAUUAAACCCCUAACCUCCGUAGUUUUAGUAGCUUUGAGUAAUUGGGAUGAUUUCAGUUUUAUAAACAGAUACCAAGGAACCCAUAACAUUAUCUAUUCCCUGUAUCGAGAUGUGAAUCUGAAGAUUUAAUUCUUACUGAAUAUCUUUGGAUACUCUAUUUCUGCGUUUCCCUUGAAUAACCUGAAAGCACCUUUUUUUCAGAAGGUUUUCCAUAUUAUAAGAAGCAUUUUUAUGUAAACCUCUGCAACUAACUAUUUUUAUUAAAGGCACAUUAAUAUGUUCUUUUAAAUUUAUAUCAAUUGAUAUAGUAAAUGUUUAUAACUUCUCCUUAUGUAUCCAAAAACAAAAAUAAAUGGUUUUAUUCGA